GGAAAUGGCCCCGCGGAGGGAAAGAGAAGAACGGAGAGAAUGAAAGUGAAAGCAUCCUGUGGAGACGAGAGACGGCAAGAGAGGGGGAAAUACGUGCCAGAAGCUAUGGCCGAGAACCAAGGUGAGGACGAAAAAGACUGUCUGGAAGAUUCUGCGAACUUCACCAAAAGCCUGAGAGAUGCCGGCCUCAACGCUGAAAAAUGGAUCUCACUUUUUCGCAAACACCUGGGGUUGGAAAAUACAAAGAGUUUGGAACAUAUAGGACCUGAGGAUUACCAGAUGGUGGAGAAGUAUGCAGUGUCUUCUUGGGAAAAACAAGCCCUGAGAAAGGUGAUGAAUGUCCCCCACCCUCAGGCUUCACUAAAGGAAAUCCAAGAUGAACAGGUCACAAAAAACAAGGACAAGGAAAGAAAGGCAAAAGCGCAGCUGGAUGAAGUGAGAAGACUGAACACGGAAGCCAAAGAGAACCUUCACAAGACCGGUAAGGCUGAAGCAGAAACCUUAACGAAAGCUAAGGACAUGACUACAAGAUCCUCCCGGCCGUUAGUGGAAUCUCUGGAAGAAAAGAUGGAGAAAUAUCAGCAGGGUCUGACUGUGACAGAGAAGAGGCCACUCCACAGUGAUGGACUGUGUGACAAGGAUCUUCUGCUGCAGGCCUCAGGUGGUCUUGCCUUGGAAGGAAUAUACCUGACAUCAAAUCAGGAAGAUGUUCUACAAAAACGUGAACAUCUUCUCACUGUCCCAAGUGGCUUUUUCCUCACUGGUCCUCAGCAAAAGCAAGUGCUAGAGCAGAAGGAAUUCUCAUCCUCCGAAGCAGAGACAGCGUUCCAUAAAUCCAUGGAGAAGUUGGGUAAAACUAUUGCCACUUCAGCUAAAGGAGGCUUCUGGGGUAUCCAAGCCGAGGGCAGUGUAUGUCACAACUCAAGCAGCAAGUCCAAACAGCAGCAAGAGACUCACAAUGAACACGCUUACAUGGCGACUACAAAGUACAGCUACAUCCCUCUGGCCUCCGCUUAUAUCACGAAGGAUCAGCUCAAGCUCUCCUCUGCAGCCCUUGAAGACCUCAGAUCAACUGAGAACGUUUUGAAGUUCUGCAGUGAGGCAGAAAAGACAGAAAUACUAAAGGAAAAAUAUGGAAACUUCUUCAGCCGGUUUGGCUCCCAUGCCAAUCAGGGGCCCCUUCACUUUGGAGGGAUAUUCUGGUGGACAGCUACAUCCAAAGGAUUUAAGCAAGAAAUGUUGGAGGAAGUUAGGAAGGAGACUCAGGCUGUAGUAGAUUAUUCUGUAAGCGCCAGUUACUCGAGUGCUUGGUCUCUCUGUGUCAGCAGGAAUGUGACAGAAACAGACACAAAGAAAAACUAUGAAAAAAGCGACAAGAAGAAUAUUAAGAGAGACAUCCAACUGAUGGUGACAAAAACCGGAGGACCGCUGACUACAGAUUCUCUCAGCGAGUGGAAGUCAGGACUUGAGGCCAACAACAAGACCUGGAGCGUAAUAGAUCGAGGAUCCUAUCUAACUCCAGUUUGGGAAAUUCUACUGCAUGGGCACAAAGAGUUUUUUAAAGACGCUUACCAAGUGGCUAAGGAUCUAAAGGACAUUUAUGCAGCCAUCACUGGUAAACAUUUGCGUUUGCCACUUGCAGAGAGUAUCUCCACAGCUGUGUAUGAUGCCAAUUUACUGCUCUCCAAAUUACCAUCCUGGACUGUUGAACCCGCACAGCAGCAGCUGCAGAUAUUGAUUGACUUCAGACAACAACUUAAUGACAAGACCGGGAAUUAUAAUAUCUGGUUAAAUGUUUGCCUUCCUCACGAGGCACUGCACAGCUUCUUACAACAGGUGGUGGACUCAUACAAACAGAACCUCAAGUCAGACGAGCCAGUCAUCCGUUCUUUGUUAAAAUGUCUUCUCCAAAACCUUGAAUUUGCUAAUGAAAAUUUAGACUCCUAUUCUCCUAUAAUCAGGUGGUUACUUCCAGAGAAGGAAGAGAAACCUAUUUACAAUAUUUCAGAUUUCCCCACAUUCCUCAAUUUCAUAUCAAAGGCAAAGAAUGAUCUCCGACAACUCAGUCCAGAUGAUGACCCCAAGGAGGGAGAUAAUGAUGUACAAGUCAAAAUCAAUGUCCUUAUAAAUUCUUAUAUUGGUUCAUUUUUGAAACAUCUGAAAAACAUGGGGCAAAAAGAGGAAGAGGUGAUUGUUCUGUGUGCUGCCAGCAGUGUAGGCUACUCCGUCCAUAAACAUUAUUUCCACAAAAGGCUUGGGUGGCAAGAAGUCGACUUCCUGGCUGAUGAGAUGCAGCAUUUACUUAAGGAAUAUCACACUCUCAAAGAUCUCGGAAUCUGCAGAGCCCAAGCUCUGUUAUUGGAGGCAGCGCUAACAGUGGGUGACGAGAAUCGCCCCAGGCCGGCCAAGCAAAAGAGGAAGCUUUUACAGCUUAUUGUAGAAUAUUUGGAGCCUUGCCUUCAGCCGCAAAUUAUCAACGUUCUUCAAAAACACAAAGACUUGAGGGAUUUUCACUCUUUGAUUGAGGAUUUUAAGCAUUUACGGGCAGGUGAUUAUGACGCCAUGAAUAUGGAAAGCCUGGCAGAAGAAAUCAAGCAAGUCUGUCAUACAACCAAGGAAGCAGCUGAAUCUCUACAGACCAACAGGGCAGAGAACAAUCCAAUGACUCAACGACAAGAAGUUAUGAAUCUCAUGAGGAGUCUAGGCCUUGAGCAAUACUUUCCUAAAGGUUUGACGAGGAGAAACUUUCAUGUAGUCCACACAUCUUUACAUAAAUGGCCAGAUUGUGAGAGUGAUCUUCCACUACAUUUUAUGCAGAUGUUAAUGAAAUUAGACUAUCGGUUCAGAUACUUAGUUUACAAGGGAAGCGACAAAACCAUCAAUGCCAGCAGCACUGAACUAGAGGUCAGCACAUUUGAAUCAAUUGACGACUUAUUAAAUUCCUGUUCAGAAGACGAGGCACUGGCAACCUCUGAGAAGAGGGUCACCAUACAUCCUAUGGACCUUUUGAUGGCCAUGUAUCACUGUGCAGAUGACUUCAUGAGACAAUACACUUUCACAAAAUUGUCCAUCUGCCAGUUUGCGCUGCCUUUUCUAGUUCCAAGGCCUUAUGACUCGGAGAUAGAGCUUCCUCUGUGGGCAUUCAGACAAGUUCAAAAAAAUGUUCUAAACUUUGACUUCUCGGAAACAGGAACACUUAAAGAGAAACUCAUUUGUCAAGUUGACGUCCCAAUGAUUUCCUUCACCAGGUUUGGAUCACAUCAAUUCUCUAAAUCUCAACUCUUAACCAACCUGUUAAGUAAGCACAAACAUAACAUUUUCUACCACAAGAACUGCGAUGGCAGUGUAGACAGUCGUAUACUCAUCAAUGGAAUGGCAGAAAUCUUUUGGUUUUGUCCUAGUGGGAAGGACACGGAUCAGUUUCCUCAGUCUGCAGCUUUUGUUAACUUGAGGGGCGACAUCCAGGAACAUAAGAAACAAUCUGCAUUUUUGCACGAAAUAUCCUCAAUCAAUGUCAUUCUUUACUCUAACUCAAAGUCUACUAGUAAGAUGUCCAUAGAGAACUUCAAAAAUAAACCCCUGAUAAUCCUCUCCCCGGACAUAGAAGCAUCUCGACAUGUGAACACAAAUGGCAUGCAAGUCAUAAUUGGUCUUAAAAACCGGAAUGAAGCAAAAGUUCUGGAAGAACUAAACACAUCCCUCAGACGUUUCUUGGCUGCAUCUCCCAAGUCUUUCAGUCUUGCAACCUGUGCAGAAAUAGGAAGACAAUAUGGGUUCCAUGUGGACGAAGACAGUAAGGAGUGUGUAGAAGGCAAGGAUAAAGCUCUUAAAAUGAUGGCUUACAUAAAGCAAAAUGAUCUGAUGACAGCCAAGGUGACGCUGCUGCCUCUCUCAGGGCAUCUCUGGCAUUCAUGGUGCGAAAAAGACAGAGAGCUCACCCACCUUCAGUACAAGAUGAAUCGGAGCAUUGAGCAUCAUCGAAGUCAGACUGAGAAAGAUAAAAAGUCUAUAAGAGAAGAGCAACUUAAAAACACAAGCCAAAAUCUGUUCAUUAAGGAGUUCAUUAAUUUACAGAUGUCUCUGCCUAAAACAACAAACCAGUUCUUUCUGCAAUGGCUGAAAAUAUUCCUAGAUGACAUUUCCUGUGACGUUAUGUCCACGCUGCGCAGCAAGUAUAGCAGAGAAUGGACUCGUCUGCAGUCCGAACAACUGGACAACAAGGACUUAGUGAGAACAAUACAAGGAAACCUGGAUGCUCUCUCAACACAAAUGAAUGCAAGCAUGUUUGGUCUCGAGCACAUCUUGAGAGAAGUUGGACAGACUUACGAGGCUUUACAUGACCUGCAGCAUAAAGACGAAUGUUUCUCUAACUUGCCAAAAAUUGCUGCCGAUAUGAUAGUAUACGAUGGAUAUCCUAUCGAGCUCAUGGAUGGAGAUGCUAGCUAUGUGCCAAUCAACUGGAUAAAAGCUGUUCUGGCAGAAGUUAUAAAGAUCAUCGGAGAUAAGAAGAUGUUUGUGCUUUCUGUGCUAGGAGUCCAGAGUUCAGGCAAGUCGACUCUCCUCAACACUAUGUUUGGUCUACAGUUUGGUGUGAGUGCCGGCAGAUGCACAAGAGGAGCAUUCAUGCAACUGAUGGAAAUUGCAGAUGAACUCAAAAAUGAGCUUGGCUUUGACUACUUGCUGAUUAUUGAUACUGAAGGUCUCAGAGCCAUGGAGCUAUCAAAUCAGUCAACAAUGAAUCACGACAAUGAAUUGGCAACUUUUGUAAUCGGUGUCGGCAACAUGACAUUGAUCAAUGUGUUUGGCGAGAACCCUUCCGAGAUCAAGGACAUUCUGCAAAUAGCUGUCCAGGCAUUUCUAAGGAUGAAGCAGGUGAAGCUCUCUACAAGCUGCCUUUUUGUGCACCAAAAUGUAGCAGAAGUAACUGCUCAAGAUAAAAAUGCAGACGGGCGCAGAAACCUUCAGACAGAGCUGGAUAAGAUGACAGCCCUGGCAGCCGAGCAAGAAAUGUGCCACAUUCAGCGGUUCAGUGAUGUCAUCAGGUUUGAUGCCAAUCGUCACAUUUAUUAUUUUUCUCAUUUAUGGGAAGGUAAUCCACCAAUGGCAACCCCUAACCCCCAUUACAGUGAGAACACCCAAAAAGUGAAGGAUAUGAUACUAAAUUCCAGGAAGAUAGAUUCUGGGGGCAUCUUGAGCAUUUCUCAGGUUUGUGUACGCAUAGAGGACCUAUGGACAGCACUUAAAAACGAAAACUUUGUUUUUAGCUUUAAGAACACCUUAGAAAUUUCUGCUUACAGAAAAGUUGAAGACAUCUACAGAAAGCUGACCUGGCAGCUGAGACGCCAUUUUCUUGAACUUCAGGCUAAUCUGAACAACAAAAUUAAGAAAGGUGACAUUACUGCUGUGAGCUAUGUCAAUGAGGGUGAGGUAAAGGAAAGGUCUAUCCAGGAGAAGCUAGAAUUGUUCUUCUGUGAAGAGAAGGAUAAAGAGAUCUUGAUCCAGUGGAAAGCUAACAUUCAAAACAGGUUAAAUAGUCUACAGAGAGACCUAAUGGAAGAAACCAAGAGACAAGUGGUAGAGCGCAUACAGCUGAAGAAGAGCCAGAAUCAAGUCAUCCAGAGGCAGCUGAGCUAUGAAGAAGAGCUGCGCAGAAAGAGUAAGCAGCUAGCCCUCGACUUAAAGGACAAAGGUUUAGAAGAGUCUGAGCUUAAAGAUCAUUUCAGCGCCCUAUGGCAACAGUGGGUAACAGAGAUCAGCAGCACUUCUCCCAGCCCCGAGGAGCCUCAGAUAAUCACAGAUGCUGAAGAUGUUCUGUUCCAAUACUACAAGGAAGAAUGUAGCAAGAGCAAGAAGCUGCACGACUUCUCAAGGUGGACAACAUCCAGUGCUGACCUAUCGAAGCACGCAGUAGGGAAGUGGCGAAUAUUUCAGCUAGGCGAUUCUGAGAGGAGAAGCGUUGAGCAAGUGUUCCUCAACCUCAAACAAGUCAUAACCAGAUAUCUUAAAGACAAGCAGUGGGAAAAGGUGGACUACACGAAAGCGUUCUUCUAUGAAAUCAUAGAAGAAGUAUCUGAACAAAUAAAUGAAAAGAAAUUUGAUAAAUUCACAUUGACGAAGACGUUUAACUUCCAGGUGUCUCUCUACUUCUGCGGAUUGGCUGUCCCUAUCUUCCAGGCAAUGCACAAAGCUUUUCAGCAUGCCAACGACCCUGUAGUUAUCCUUGAGAGCAAACGGGAGGAGUUUUUUAACUGCUACAAAAUCUCCUGCCAAGGAGCUGCCUCAAUUAAGAUAUUUGCAGACUUCUUAUGUAGAAAGAUCCUUGAAGCAAUACAGCCAGCUCUGUAUGAACGGACGGGGAUGGCAAUUGUGGAUGAGAUGACCAGCAACUACCCGGCAUUUGCCAGCAAUCGGUCCAGGCUGGAGACCUACAUCUUGAUUUACUUGGCAGAACAAGAAGAUUUUGAGAAAUACCGACAAUAUCUUCACUUCCCAAAGACUUUCUUCCGAAACUUUAUUGAGACAAGUGUUAACAACUACUACAUAGAGGGACAGGCGCAUAGACUCAAGGAUGUCCUACACAUUAACCUAGAUCAUUUCCACAAACUUGUCCUCUUCAGCAUUGCUAAAUCCACCAGAUUUGCCAAAGAUAAAAAUGGCAAAGUGUCCGAAUGGCUUGAUGACUUCUAUAAGAGGAUUGAAGACUAUGUGACCUUUACAAGAGCCGAUCUGAAGAGCAUUGAACACCAGGAGAUUCAAGACAUCGAGUUUAUUCAGGAAGUCAUGUGUGCAUCCUGGAAUGAAGCCAUUGAAGAGUUCAAGAAAGACUUUAAAACAACCACAUUCGACUCCUUUGAGACCAAACCUCAUGAUAUACUGGUGAAGCAGCUGUGUGGAUGCUGGGAUCAAUGCCCCUUCUGUGGAGCCAUUUGUACCCACACCAUUGCCAACCAUGAUGGUGACCACUCUGUAACUUUCCAUCGUCCCCAGGCCAUAACUGGUAUCUCAUGGAUCGAUUCCAACGAAUUUGUCAUAGAAAUAUGUUCUAACCUUGUGAGCUCUGACUACUGUCUGGUGAUUGACCAAUCAACUCAGGUCCCUUACAAAAAUUACAGAGACAUUGGGCCAAAUUAUGCCAAGUGGAGCAUCACGCCAGACAACUCAUGGCAGCCAUACUGGAAGUGGUUUGUGAAUACGUUCCAGAGUGAACUAGAGGCCGACUAUAACCUGAAGUUCAAGAAGAGGGGGAAGAUCCCGGCUGAGUGGUCACAAACAGAAAAACAGGAAGUGAUCAAACAACUGAGAGAACAACUGUAAACCGAAAAUAUUACUACAGACCAUCUGAUGCUCAUUCCGCUUGACACAAAGAGACACCUCCGAUUUAAAGGGCGUCUGUCAGUAGAUCUGUCCCUCUGACACCGGCGGACCUGUUACAUCUGCCCUUGGCAGCUGAAGGCAUUUGUCUUGGUCCCGUGUUCACAUGUGCCCGCAUUGCUGAGAAAAAUUAUGUUUAUAUGCAAAUGCUCCUCUAGGAGCAACAGGGGCGUU